AAAUCCCUCCUUAAAUAACGACUCGGGUCGAGGAGGCAUAAGACACAUGUCACUUCCACCACGCUGCACGCACCACUAGCUCUGGCUUUCCUCCGGCUCCGACACGACCCUCCAGCCGACUUUCGCUAAAAAAAGAAAAAAAAGAGUUGAGCGUGAAUUUUCUUCUUCACCGAUUCAUCAUUUCUUGUGUUGGUGAACUCUGGAUCUGAAUCUAAAGAAACCAAUACAAAGCCAACUAAAUAUUGCACUUGAUCUGCUUCCAGAGGAUGCUAGAUAUUAAGACACUUGCAUAAGUUGAGCUGCUAGAAGUUUCUAAACAAAAAUAUGGGGUCUUAUGUAUCACCUGGGGAUGAAAGUGAUGAGAAGCCACAAGGAAAUUAUGCGUUGACUCGGCAGCCUUCUAUAUACUCCUUGACAUUAGAUGAGUUCCAGAACACCUUGGGUGACCAAGGAAAGGAUUUCGGAUCCAUGAAUAUGGAUGAACUUUUGAAAAAUAUAUGGACUGCUGAGGAGACUCAAGCCAUGACAUCUUUGGCUGGUGGGAGGGAUGGAAAUGUACUGGGUGGGAAUUUGCAGAGGCAAGGAUCUUUGACAUUGCCAUGGCCACUUAGUCAGAAAACCGUUGAUGAAGUUUGGAGAGACUUGAUUAGGGAAAGUGGUUGGUACGGUGCUCUAGAUGGGAGCGUCACUGGGAGGUCAAAUUUGCCGCAGGCGCAACAAACGCUGGGAGAGAUGACUUUAGAAGAGUUUUUGAUGAGAGCGGGAGCGCUGAGAGAAGAUAUCGAACUAACUAGAAGGCUUAUUAAUAGUGGAUUCUAUGGUGAACUAUCUCAACCAAAUGAUAAUAACAGUUUAGCUUUUGAGUUUCAACAGCCAAGUCGAAGUAAUGGGGUCUUUGUCGAUCAGAUAAUAGAGAACAAUAAUUCAAUUCCUACUCAGCCUACUAGUUUAGCACUGAAUGCAGGACGAGUUAGGUCUCCUCACCAACAAAUUCAGCAGCAGCAACAACCCCUCUUCCCCAAACCUUCGACUCUUCCUUUUGCCUCUCCCCUGCAUCAAGUAAACAAUGCUCAGCUUGCUUGCCCGCAAAGUAGGAGUCCAGUCGUUGGAGUUGCAAAGCCUACUGUGAAUACUGGUUUAGUUCAGAGUGGACGAAUUAGCAAGGUUGGUUUGGGUCCUGGGGCUGUCUCUAGUGUGGCUGGAUCCGCUGUAAGUCAGGUAUCAUCAGAUGUGAUUGCAAAUAGUGGUGUACAUACGGCGUCAGUGCCACCAGUUUCAUAUGUAUUUAGCCAGGAAAGGAGAUGCGGGGCUAGUGAGAAAGUAGUUGAGAGAAGGCAAAGGAGAAUGAUCAAGAACAGAGAGUCAGCUGCAAGAUCACGGGCUCGUAAGCAGGCAUAUACCAUGGAACUGGAAGCAGAAGUUGCAAAACUCAAAGAAAUGAACCAAGAAUUACAGGAAAAACAGGAAGAGAUUAUGGAGAUGCAGAAUAACCAGGAAUUAGAUAAAAUGAAUCAGCAGUGGGUAAGUGAAAGACAAUGCUUGAGAAGGACACUGACGGGCCCUUGGUAGAGAUGAUGAAUUCGAGGGUGGAUGUAAGUAGAUAUAAGUAGAACUAGUGCUUUGAGUACACGCUGAUGUAGGCGUUGAUGCUAUCCCAUUCCAGGUCUCCUGCUACAGUAUUGUUUAGGUAGCUGUAUAUAGUAAGCACUAUAUAUAGGAGUUUUGAGUUGUAAAUUAUGAACUGAGAUAAGUUUUAUCAUGUAAAAUUAUUAAAGCUUUUGUUGUUUGUGAUA